AUGACGGUCAAGGUCAUCAAGGACUGGAUGGGUUUCCAGAACGCUAUCCACGGCGAGAAGCCGGCUAUCAUCGAGUGCGGGCCGUGCAAGAGCAUGGCGCCGUUGUUCGCCGAGUUGAGCGACGACCCAGCGCAUAGCUCGCUCGACUUCUUCGUCUGCGACAUCGACGUGAACGAGCAAGCAGCGCAAGAAGUUGGUAUUCGCACCGUUCCGGCAUUCAUGGUGUUCAAGGAGAUGACGAAGCUGGAGGAGGUUAUGGGCGCGCAGCCGGCGGCGCUCAAGCGGCUUGUAGAAACCCAUGCGAAAGCCUGA